UAAUGUAAUUUAUUAAAUUAAUUACAGAUUUGUAUUAAAAAUAAUUUAGCAGCUCAUGAACAAUUAUUGCAUUAUGUUAGCGACGAGGUAGCCAGUGGAUCUUACAAAUAUUACAGUUUAAUGUAUGAUGGUAUUGUUAAAAUAUUAUUAGUAACACAAAAAGGUGACGCGGAUUUAUUUAUUUCACAAUUUAUAAACAAACCGACUUACGAGCCAGAUCAAUAUUGUCUUCAAUCAACAACUUGUGGUGAGGAUAUAAUUUUUAUACCACAGAGUUUCAAAAGACCAGUUAGCAUAGGAGUGUAUGGUCAUCCUUCUCACGAAGCAAGUCAAUACAAUUUAUUUGUGUACCAUGUAGCACUUGGUGCUGAUGAAGUAACAGACGAGCAAAAUCCUGGUAAUUUGGUUAUUGUACUUGGUACUAUUGAUUAUGAUGAAAAAUAUUUUAUAGAUAGAUUAAAAACAAUGAAUGUUAAAACAUUACCUAAAAUUGUUACUGCUCAAAAUACAUCUAAUGAACGUGAAAUAAUGUAUUUAGAAGGAGGUGUGUUAUUUAUAUCCGGUCGAAUAUUAGUCGUAGAUUUAUUAAAAAAUCGUGUACCAUUAAAUUUAGUAACUGGAAUAUUAGUUUAUCGUGCUCAUGGAAUUUUAAAUAGUUAUCAAGAAGCGUUUGCACUACGGUUAUAUCGUCAAAAAAAUAAGACUGGUUUCAUUAAAGCAUUCACCAACUCAGCGUUAGCAUUUACCGUAGGCUUUUCUCAAGUCGAACGUGUAAUGAAAACUCUUUUUGUCAAGCAAUUGUAUCUCUGGCCGCGAUUUCACUCAGUCGUAAACUCGAGUCUCUCAAAACACAAACCGGAAGUAAUAGAACUACAUGCAAAGCUCACACAUAAAAUGCAACUUAUUCAAAGUUCACUUCUAGAUCUGAUGAAUUUUAUUGUAAAAGAUUUAAAGAGGUUGAAUAAAUUUUUGGACUUUGAUGAGCUGACUGUCGAAAAUGCAAUCGCCAAGAAAUUUCACAAGCAAUUACAGCGUCAGCUGGAUCCCAUGUGGCAUCAACUUGGGUCGAGUACCAAGCAAUUGAUUGCUGAUCUUAAAUUACUUGGAUAUUUUCUCACGCAGUUGAUUCAAGAAAAUUCAGUGGCAUUUUAUGCGUCAAUAAAUCGGUUAAGGACAAUGGAGUAUGCGAUGAAAGGAAAAUUAAAGCCCGAACCAAGUCCAAAGUGGGAGGCAUUAAAUGAAAUUCUCAGUGAAAUCCGCCUACAAAUAAAUAAGAAAGAUAAUAUAUCUGAAAGUACUAAGAGAGUAUUGAUACUUGUUUAUGAUACUAAAACAGCAGUACAGUUGAAAAAUUUCCUGACAAUGGGUGCUGGAGAAUAUUUAUUGUACGAAGCAAUGAAAUCUUUAAAGAAAAAUGAAAUUAUGAAGCCGAGUGAAAAAUCAAAGGAUAAAAAGGAAAAAGACAGUCAAGAAAAAGAUAAACCAGCAGAAAAAGAAGAAGAAGAAGAAGAAGAAAAUGAACUUGAUAGCUACGUUCUAACAUUUUCACAAAAACCACCUGAAGAAAAAGAAUCUGAAGAAGAUCAAAAUAAAACUAAUUUUUUUGAAGAGUGUUCUAUGCUCGCUGAUGCUGACAUUUCAAAAUUAUCUUCCAUGACUGAGCCUAUCAUUUUAAUUCAAUCAGUUAAAAGAGGUGGUGACCCGAUGGCAUUGCAAAGAACUUUACACGAAACAUUACCUGGCUUUAUUAUUAUGUACGGAGCAGAUAUAUCAUCAAUUCGCCAACUUGAGGUUUAUCAAAACAAUAACCCGUCUAUUGCAUUAAAAAUUUUUUUCCUCGUCUACGGAGGGUCUGUUGAAGAACAAGGAUACUUAACAGCACUACGUCGGGAGAAAGAGGCUUUUGAUAAAUUAAUUAACACCAAAACGACAAUGGUAAUUCCAACAGAUCAAGAUGGAAAAAUGGAAGAUAACAUAACAGCAGCACCCCAAGUUGAACAAAGUACUCGACAGGGUGGUAUUGAAUCGACAGCUAAAGUAACUCCUAAAAUUAUCGUGGAUAUACCUGUAUCAAUGACAAGGCACUACGCAAAACCGAUGCUUUUGAUAGAAUUUGAUCAAAAUAAAUCAUUUUGUUUACAAGGAAAUUAUUACGUGAGCCGUGAUAUGAAAAGUUCAGACGUUACAAGUAAAUUACAAUUGCUCACUUUACAUUUUCCAAAACUUAAAAUCGUCUGGUCGCCAAGUCCCCAGGCAACUGCCCAACUAUUCGAAGAGCUGAAAGAGGGAAAACCUCAGCCAGACGCACAGACGGCUGCUCUAAUUGGUCUAGAAGAGGAUGAAGAAGGAAAAUCAGCGGGUGAAAAAUAUAACACUCAGAUUCAUGACUUUGUCGCUAAAUUGCCCGGCGUUCAUUCAAAAAAUUUACGCUUGAUACUGAACAAAGGCGGCUCGUUAGAUAGUUUAGUUCGUCUAACUGAGGAAGAAUUGACGGCGUUGGUAGGUAAUAAGUCAAAUGCACAAAUGCUUCAUCAAGCGCUUCAUAAAAAAUACAAGCCUGAAAAUACAACGAGUGGUAGUGUCAGCAAAGCUAUUACUAAAGUGCGUAGCAAAGGUUUAUUUUCAUCAGUGAAAAAGUAA